CUCGAUUCGCGCGGUUUCUCAGUCCAAUUCAAACCACCAAAGUGUUAAGAUGUUUUAUCCGGUGUUCUCUCACGACAUGCGCUACUUCCUCCGCCUCUGGCGGCCUUGGCGGCAGUUCGCCGCCCCCAACAUCGAAUCCUCGGUCACUUUCGGCCGCCAAAAAUUCCAGGCGGAUCUGGACGUCCAGUACUUUAAACCUGAAGAUAUCACCAUUAAAGUGGCCGAAGACAACACCGUGACCGUCGAGGGUAAACAGGAGCACCAGGAGGGCGAGAAUUACGUGUCCAGGCACUUUGUGCGAAGGUUUGUGUUGCCGGAGGGACACGAUAUGGAUAAAUUGGAGUCGACGCUGUCCACCGACGGGGUUUUGACCAUCACAGCCCCCAGGAUUGCCAAGGAGGCUGAGGAGGGCAGGACCAUCCCCAUUACGAGGACUGGCAAGGCCCACAAGAGUGGAGAAAACUGAAUUGUAAUUAAUUAUCUCAUAAAGUAAUUGAAGGAUAUUUUGUUACUUCCGAGACUGAUUUUUUACAUAAGUUGUUGUAAUUUUUAUGUAAAUACUAGUCAAUCAAUAAAUUUUUUUUAGUUA